AUGGGUUUGGGACUGGUUAGGAUAAGAUUGGCCAGAUUUGGCAGAACCAACUCUCCGGUUUACAAUAUUGUGGUUACGAACGCGCACAAGGCAAGGGACGCGAAACCGAUCGAGGUACUAGGGACCUACAAUCCGAUACCAAGACCACGUACUGUCAAACAGAAGAAGCAGGGGAUGGUGGCUAUAAAGGAUGUGCAACUUGACUUCGAUAGGGCGAAGUAUUGGAUAGGUGUUGGGGCGCAACCAAGUGAGACUGUGACGAAAUUGCUGCAGAAAAGUGGCAUACUGGAUGAAUCUUGGGGCAAGAGCUAUGCGUCGUCAAGGAAAGUGGUGGCACCAAGAAGAGAAGUGCUAGAGUGA